CCUCCAGUAUGAGUAAAUAGAAGCGCGCCUCUGUGCUUCCCAGUCAAGGAGUGACUGUUCGGUCGGCUACCAGCACCCGGUGUUGCACAUCUGCUCCAUCACUGCAGGCUUUCGAACUCUUAAAUUUCAGAGACACGGAUUAUUUACAACACUGCGAUAUUUUUGAUUACCACUCCCUGUGAACUCCACUUCAUCUGCAGUCCAGUGGGAGGUCCGAAACAACCUUAAGGCCUCUGGCAUGAGGUUGCUCAGUGGGAAGCCGAGAGAGAUGAAGACAUGUUUUGUGCUUGUUGCAGCUCUGCUGUUCCCUACCAUCGAAGCAUUGUGUCCUGACAAAGAACCAGGGCUGAAGCCAUGGAUGCCGGGACAUAGUAAACAUCAUCGUGUUGUCAUCAGUUAUGGCAGGAAGGUCCUCCUCACAACUUCCGCUACUGUGCACUCCAUUGAAAUUCUUAACGGAGGGAAAUUAGUGAUUGCUGACACCAACCGGCCCAUUCUUCUUCGGACAAAACACAUUCUAAUUGGAAAUAAGGGGGAACUGCACAUUGGAAGUCCAGACUGUCCUUACAAGGGCAACCUUACCAUUUCUCUGUUUGGAAGGUCAGAUGAUACUGAUCAGGAGCACAGCUAUUUUGGCCGCAAAUAUAUUGGCGUAGGUACCGGAGGGACUUUGGAGAUCCAUGGGGCAAAAAAGCUUUCAUGGACUUUCUUGAACAAAACCAUCAAUCCUGGAGAAAGCCUCCAAAAUCACUACCUGUUGGAGAAAAGCUGGGGGAACCGAGGGAUUAUUGUCCAUGUAAUUAACCCCAAGAAAGGAGAGGUACUGAGUAAUGACAGGUUUGACACAUAUCGCAGUAAGGAUGAGAGCAAUCGCCUUGCAAAGUAUUUGGACGGUGUGGCUACCGGAUUUAUUGUAGCCAUGGUGGUCAAUGAUGAGGGUUCCAACAACAUGGAGGACUCCGCCAAAAAGAGCAUCUUCAAGCUUGGCAGUCAGAAUAUCAACAGUUUGGGAUUCAGACAUCCAUGGUCUUUUAUAGUUGUGAAAGGAAACCCAUCUUCUGCUGUAGAAGAUCAUGCUCUCUAUCAAGGGACCAAAGCCUCUUCAGAAGCCCGCAGUUCUUGCGUAUUUCAUAUGAGCAAUGCAGAGCAUUUUACUGUAACAGCCAGCAGCCAGUGGGUACAAGAGGCUGAGUGGACAGAAUGGUUUGACAGGGAUGAUGAGAGAGGAUCCGGUGACUGGGAGAAGCUGUCAGAUCUGCGUGAGGCCUAUCCGGACCGUCUGUGUAACAGUCCGCUGGACAUUGAGGCUGAAACAAAUGACGGCAUACCCUCUAACCAGACAGGGGACGUGAUCCACAAAAAUAACAACGAUUAUGGUUUUGUCUGCCGCAAUAAAGACCAAGCUCAUGGCCUCUGUCAUAACUACAGAGUUCGCUUUCUGUGUGGAAAACUUGUCCGUCCUCAGGCCUCAAUUUCAAUCGACAUGUUGUCCAACAGCACAAUUCUGGAGCUUGCAGACCAGCCUAUGGGUUGGCAACCUGGGGACCAUGUUGUAGUGGCCAGCACGGACUACUCAAUGCAUCAGACUGAAGGGUUUGAACUAAUUCCUUGCCCUACUUGUACACUUAACCAAGUCAAGGUUCGAGGCAAAGCCCAAUUUAUUCACAUGGGUGAAGAGGUGGAUGGGGUGGAUAUGAGAGCUGAGGUUGGCCUGCUGAGUCGUAAUAUCCUAGUCCGUGGUGAGAUGGAGCCCAGCUGUUAUGGCAAUGAAGCCUGCAAAUUCUUUGACUUUGACACCUUUGGAGGACAUUUGAAGGUAGAGCGAGGUUUCAAGGCCACACACAUAUCAGGUGUGGAGCUGCAACACAUGGGCCAACAAACAAUGGGACACUACCCAAUUCAUUUCCAUAUGAAUGGUGAAGUGGAUGAGAGGGGAGGUUACAACCCCCCCACCUAUGUCAGUGAUUUGUCAAUCCACCACACGUUCUCUCGCUGCGUAACCAUCCACAGCUCCAAUGGACUUCUGGUAAAAGACGUGGUGGGCUAUGACACGCUGGGCCACUGUUUCUUCACAGAGGAUGGUCCUGAGGAGAGAAACACAUUUGAUCACUGUCUGGGCCUCAUGGUCCGAGCGGGCACUCUACUGCCUUCAGACAGAGACAGCAAAAUGUGUCGUGAUAUCACUGAUGGAGCAUACCCUGGAUAUGUAGCCAACCCACGGCAAGACUGUAGUGCAACUUCAACUUUCUGGAUUGCCAACCCAAACAACAACAUUAUCAACUGUGCUGCUGCAGGCUCAGAGGAAACAGGAUUCUGGUUUAUCUUCCACCAUGUACCAACUGGACCAUCUGAGGGGCUGUACUCACCUGGAAAAACAGAACACACGCCGAUGGGGCAGUUUAUCAACAACAGAGCUCAUUCCAACUACCGGGCCGGAUUUAUUCUAGAUAAUGGAGUCAAGACAACUCAGGCAAAUGACAAGGACAAAAGACCUUUCCUGUCACUGGUUGGAGCUAGGUAUGGGCCCCACCAGGAUGCUGACCCGUUUAAACCCAGAGUCCCAGCUCACAUUCACCAUUUUGUAGCCUAUAAGAAUCAGGACCACGGCGCCUGGCUGAGAGGAGGGGAUGUCUGGCUGGAUGACUGCCAAUUUGCAGAUAACGGCAUUGGCCUCACUCUGGCAAGUGGAGGAACGUUUCCAGAUGAUGAUGGUUCUCGUCAGCAGGUGAAGAAUUCUCUGUUUGUGGGGGAAAGUGACAAUCAUGGAAUGCAACUCCUUGAUAACAGUAUCUGGGGCUUAGGGGGUGCUGACCUCACUGGCAGGACCCUCCCGCGAGGCAUUGAUUUCCCUAUCCGGGGCAUGCAGAUCUACGAUGGGCCCAUCAACGUGCAAAACUGUACGUUUCGUAAAUACGCAGCUCUGGAGGGACGCCACAGCAGUGCUUUUGGGUUUAGGCUCAACAACUCAUGGCAGAGUUGCCCCAACAAUAACGUGACAGACAUCAAAUUUGACCAUGUACCUAUCACAUCACGUGUGUUUUUUGGGGAGCCUGGUCCAUGGUUUAAUAAGAUGCAGAUGGAUGGGGACAAGACCACUAUUUUCCAUGACAUUGAUGGCUCAGUGAGUGAGUAUCCCGGAGCUUACCUGGUUAAGGAAGACAACUGGCUGCUCCGUCACCCUGAGUGCAUUGAUGUGCCUGACUGGAGGGCUGCCAUCUGUAGUGGACACUAUGCACAGCUCUACGUCCAGACACGUAAUCCUGCCAAUCUGAACAUGCACAUAGUAAGAGAUGAAUACCCUGACCGACCCCUAACUUUAGAGGGUGCGUUGGGAAAGAGGAAGCACUACCAGCAGUUCCAACCAGUUGUCACUUUGGCAAAGGGGUAUACCAUCCAUUGGGACCAAGCCGCACCUGCUGAGGUCACCAUCUGGCUUAUUAACUUCAACAAAAAUGACUGGAUCAACGUGGGUGUGUGCUACCCUCAAGGCACUACCUUUGUUGUCAUCUCAGACAUUCACAAUCGCCUGAACAAACAGACCCGGAAGACAGGAGUCUUCAUGAGAACAACGCAGAAGGAGAAGAUCAACCAAUCACAUCUGACCAGGAGCUAUUACUACUGGGAGGAAGACACAGGGCUGCUCUUCUUGAAGAUUCAGGCUCAUAAUGACAAGGAGCAAUUUGCCUUUUGCUCCCUCAAAGGAUGCGAGAGGGUAAAGAUAACAGCAGUCAUCCCUAAAGGGAGUCCACCCAGCAAUUGCAUGGCACAGGCCUAUCCAAAACAUGCUGAGCUGCCUGUCGUAGAUGUGCCAAUGCCCAGGAAGAUCCCAAAUGACAGACUGCACUCACCAGAGCACUUACUGGAAGUCAAACUAGAGUCCUAUAAUACUCGGUUUUUCCACAUUAAGGAGGACUUUGCCUUUACGGAGGUGAAUGGCCGGAAAAUGUACCAACCAGAAGAUGGCGUGCAGCUAACCGUAAUCGAUGGGCAUGAUGGCAAGGUGAUAGAGAGAAAAGGCUUCAGGAACUCAAUCCUUCAGGGUGUGCCUGCGCAGAUAAACAACUACAUCAGUGGACUGAAAGAUGGUUCUGUUGUUCUCCUGACAUCAAAAGGCCGUCUCAUAACAAGAGGUCCAUGGACCAAAGCAUUGGAGCGACUUGGAGCGUACUCAGGAAAGCCAUUGAAAGAUAAGUUGGCGUUUGUAGGCUUCAAGGGCUCAUUCUACCCUGACUGGAUUCGAUUGGAAGUGGACCCCGACAGAGCCAAGGUCCACCAGGUCCUGCCAAUCCCUGUGGUCCACAAGAUGAAGCUAUGAGUGACAGGCAGAACGGGAAGAACAAAGAGCCUAUGUGGCUGCAAUAUCAUGAAAACAAAACAAAAAAAUACACACACAUACUCAGACGAUGCACUAUACAUUGACUUUAGACUUUUCUGGUCCAGGUCCAAGUGGUGUGUUUUUGAAGAGGAAUUGUCUGCUUGGCUGUGUUGAGAAUGGGAAGCAUUGUCCAGGAGGACUAUGAGACCAGCUCAUUACUAGACGGCUUAAACUCUACGUAGAAUUAUGAUGCAGAAUUAUGGCCGACUUUUCGUACCCUAACGGGAAGUUUGAGACGCUGCACUUCUAUCACGAGCACAUUAAUCAUUACUAUAGUCCUGCUGGCAUUUUGCAUAACAUGCCCCUGAGGAGUUAUUGUCAGAAAACACAUGUGAGUACAAGGUGAAGACCCUUUUGCUGUCUGAGAAAGCUAAGAAGCUUGGCAGAUGAUGGUUGAUUGGCCACGCUUGUCAGAUAUUUUAAGUGUCUAAAACUGCAGAGUUCAGUUGAAAGCUGAAGCUUGGACAACAACUAAGUUUAUUUUUGUCAAGCUAAAUAUUACCUAUGGAAAAAGACAAAUUUAUGCGCAUGUACUUUAUAUUUAAAAGCUCUUAUCUGCUGGGUUUGCUUCUUGGUCGCUGACAUUUCCUCUUUGUUGCAACUGUGUGUUGGAUUUCUAUAAUGUCAUCCAGCGACCUCUUCAACAUCAAUUUCCAUGAAAGUGUGGCUAUCGGUAAUCUGUGAAACAAGGGUCCUAAUUGUCCAUGUUAUUAAACUCAAUUACUCAACAAAAAGAAAAAUCUAGUCAUUGUUAGCAUCCAAUGCAGAGUUGUGUAAUAGUAGCUUGUAUAUGUGAUACAUUGCUCUGUAUUUUUAGUGUUGAACCAGCAAAAAGCCUAUAACUAAAGGAUCCACUAAAUGUCAAAUGAUGGAGUUUUUAUAGAUGUAAUUUUCUUAUUUAAAAGUCCUGCAGAAACAUUUGUUCCAAUCUGGACCCUCCCUUUGCCGAAAUAGCUGGUCUUUUUUCGGAGGGUGUAGGAGUAAUUCAGUGUUUUGUAUGUUUGACUUGUUUUUAAAAUUCCACAGAUAUGGCAUAUAUUUUAUACUUAUUUAUUGUACAGACUCCACCAAUCCAAAUCUGCAAUGAACAUCAUCUGAGUUGUAACGUUGUUUCUGUCCUCUGUGUACAUGUCAAGGUAAUAGAUCAAUUUUUCAACCUCCUGCAAACUUGCAUAUGCAUUGUUCACUAAACAAAAUGAAUGUGUUGUAUGCGAUUGGAGCCUGACGUUAGUGUUUGUCUUUUGAGACUUUUGUACAUAAAUAAAUAAUGCUGAUGAGA